AUGUAUUUAAUACUUAACUCUUUGGAAGAACCAGCAUAAGAAUCAAUGCAUAGUAUAGAAUAAAAUCAAUUGAGAAAAUUUGAUAAUUAAAGUCAAUACAAUUAGAAAACAAGAUUCAAUGAAGUCUCAUAGGUUUCAGCUAUUACUUAUGCAACUGAAUGA